CAGCAUUUCGACGUAACUCUCCGACAUGGGUGUCAAAGAUACGAAUAAAAAAUAUGAAUUGGUGGCACCAGAUGGUGGUUGGGGUUACAUGAUUGGUGUAGGCGUGAUUAUAAAUUUGAUAACCAUAUCAACGUUCCUGGCUAGCUUUGGAAUGAUAUUUAAGGAUCUGUUCAUUGAGUUAGGGAUGGAUUCAACUAGCACGACAAUUCUAAAUGGAGUCAGUGCACUUAGUGCUGCUUUUGCAGGAAUGAUAGUAAAUCCCCUAUUAAGGUUUCUAUCUUUACGUCAACUCGGCCUGGUUGCUGCGAUAAUAUUUAAUUUGGGCAUUUUUUGCAUUAUUUUUGUAAAAUCGAAACUUUCGUUUUUCAUUUGCCUUGGAGUGCUACAGAGCUUGGGUAAUGGAUUGAUAUUUAAUUUGUCCUGUACAAUAUUGAAUAACUAUUUUGUCAAGAGAAGAUUGCUGGCUGUCAGUUUCACGCAGACAGUUGUUGGAGCUGUCGCAUUAGUUUCGCCUCAGUUUGUCAAGUGGACAUUAGAAACAUUCGGAUUUAGAGGAACUUUAUUAAUUAUAUCAGCUGUAUCCUUGCAAAACAUAGUCGGAAUGGCCUUGAUGCAGCCAGUGGAGUGGCAUAUGAAAAAGGUUGAAGUACCCGAAGACAAAGAAAAUGAUGCUAAGCCUCUCUUGGUUUUGGAGGAAAAAGGUUUCAGAGGCAAAGAAGAUUUAAAAGCACAUAACAAAUCUGAACCCGAAAAUGUCAUCAAAAUACCAAGUGAGAAACUCAAGGUUGAAAAUGAAGAACGUCACAUCAGAAAAAAUUUCAUUUCACAUUUCAUAGACGUCCCGCUUUUUAAGACUUUUAUUUUAUCUAAUGCUUCUGUCGGAGUGGCUCUAAGUUUGUUCUCUGAAUAUUUAUUUAUAUUUAUGCUUCCACAAGCUUUAUACGCAUUAGGAUGGAAUGAAGGAAAUAUAGCUUGGGCACUGACUUUAAACGCGAUGACUGACUUGGGGACGAGAGCUUUGUUUAUAUUCUUGAGCAACUGGCUUCUUAACGUUGGAAGCCACGAGAUUUAUGUUGUUGGAUUAGUCUUGGCUCUAAUUACUAAGCUUGGAAUGCUCUGGUCUGACAAUAUGAUGGUGAUGACAGUUUUUAUAACAUUGAUGGGAAUUCCACGUUGUACAAUAAUGAUGCUUCUACCCGUGGUGGUGGCGGACAGUGUAGAUCAAGAUAAGUUUAGCUCUGCGAUGGGAAUAGUGUUACUAUUAUUUGGAUUCUUCAAUUUAUCUGUCGGUCCUGUUAUAGGUGCUAUAAGGGACUUGACUAAUAGUUACUCGACAGCUUUCUACAUUUUAUCAUCAUGUUUUGGUAUAGUUAUUAUGUUUUGGACGAUAGAAUUGAUAUAUAAAAAGAAUAAACACAAGAGGAUACCGAAAGAAGAGGCAAUAAAAGCGUGAUACACUAUUUUUAUUUAUUAUUCUUGCUUAUUAUAUUAUUUUAAUACAAUGUUUAAUAAAUAA